AGGCAAUGAGGUCACCCCAAAAUGGUGGCGUCCUGUCAAGCUAGCUAGGUUAAAUUAAGAUAUUAAAUUGUUAAUUUCUGUGGUUUUAUCUAUUUAUUUUUUGUUUUUUUUAAUUAGGCAGGAUGUUUUUUCAUGUAUAUUUGAGCAAUACAAGUGCCAAUUGCAUGUUUCACUUCCGCUUUAAUAUUGCAGUCAUCACACUUUUACUUUUAUUCUCAAUUUAUAGAAAUGGCUGCUGCAAACUAUCUGUUGUCUGAAGAUCAGUUUCUGUGCUCCAUCUGUCUGGAUGUGUUCACUGAUCCUGUCAGCACACCGUGUGGACACAACUUCUGCAAAACCUGCAUCAACAAACACUGGAAUAAUAAUGACCAGUACCAGUGUCCCUUGUGUAAAGAGGCUUUUACAACAAGACCUGAUUUGAGGGUCAACACUUUGCUCUCUGAGAUGGUUGUUCAGUUCAGACAGUCAGCUCAACUGAAAUCCAGCAGCAGCAGCUCAGAGCAACAAGUGUGCAAACCAGGAGAAGUUCCCUGUGACGUCUGCACUGGAACCAAACUGAAGGCCCUGAAGUCCUGCCUGGUGUGUCUGGUCUCCUACUGUGAGACUCACCUGGAGCCUCAUCUGACAGUGUCAGGUCUGAAAAGACAUCAGCUGAUCGACGCUGUGGAGAACCUGGAAGGCAGGAUGUGUACGAAGCACAAUAAACCUCUGGAGCUGUUCUGUAGGACCGACCAGACGUGUGUCUGCAUGCUCUGCACUGUUUUAGACCACAAGAUGCAUGAUGUUGUUCCUCUGAAAGAAGAAUAUGAAGAAAAGAAGGCUGAGCUGGAGUCUGAAAUUCAGCAGAUGAUCCAGAAGAGACGAUUGAAGAUUCAGGAGAUCAAACACUCAGUCGACCUCAGUGAAAAAGAUGCAGACAGAGAGAUAUCAGAAGGAGUUCAGGUCUUCACUGCUCUGAAGGAGUCUGUAGAUAGAGGCCAAGCCAAUUUCAUCGAAAUGAUCAAAGAGAAGCAGAAAACAACUGAAAACCAGGCUGAAGGCUUCAUCAAAGAGCUGGAACAGGAAAUCUCUGAGCUACAGAAGAGAAGCACUGAGGUGGAGCAGCUCUCACGCUCUGAAGACCACCUCCAUCUCCUCCAGUCCCUAAACACCCACCACCCAACACUCACCAAGAACUGGACAGAGGUCAGCGUUCGUCCAUCAUCAUAUGAGGGGACUGUGGUGAGAGCUGUGGCUCAGCUGGAGGAGACACUCAGUGAAGAGAUGAAGAAGCUACUGCUGAAGUCUGAGCUGAUGAUGGUCCAGCAGUAUGCAGUGGAUGUGACUCUUGAUCCUGAUACAGCAAAUCCCUACCUCAUCCUGUCAUGUGGUGGGAAACAGGUGAAACAUGGUAAAGUGAAGAAGAAUCUCCCGGACAAUCCAGAGAGAUUUUCUCGUUAUAAUAAUGUUUUAGCAAAGCAGAGUUUCUCUUCAAGCAGAUUUUACUUUGAUGUUCAAGUUAAAGGAAAGACUGCCUGGGACUUAGGAGUGGUCAGAGAGUCCAUCGACAGGAAGGGAGUAGUUGCACUAAGGCCAAAGAAUGGUUACUGGACUAUAUGUUUGAGAAAUGAGAAUGAGUACUACGCACAUACUGGCACACCAGUCAGUCUCUCUCUGAAGUCUCCUCCUCAGAAGGUGGGGGUGUUUGUGGAUUAUGAGGAGGGUCUGGUGUUCUUCUAUGACGUAGAUGCUGUAGCUCUCAUCUACUCCUUUACUGGCUGCUCCUUCACUGAGAAACUCUUCCCAUUCUUCAGUCCCUAUAGUAAUCAUGAUGGUAAAAACUCUGCACCUCUGAUCAUCUGUCCUGUCAGAGUAAAAUAAUCACUUAUCUCCUUUCAUGUAUUGAUUUACUUUUAUUCAGGAGAACAAAUAUACAUACACAAAGUCAGUGUUUUACCUGCAGCAGAUGAUGUUCUGCGUAUCCCUAUUUUAGAGAACCAGACACGCUCCACACUGACUGUGUGUGCAGUUUAUUACAAAAUGACUAAAAAUGAAAGAUUUUUGCUGAAAUGUUUCUCAAUAUUUCAGUUUCGAACAAAGAUCAAUUUAAUAUUAAGGCUUAUUACAUGCCUGUAGUGUCUACAGAAUAUAGCAUGUGUCAUUCUGAAAUAUAAAAUAAUGGAGUUAAUCAAUCGAUGCUAACAGAAGGUUGUGUGUUUAAUUAACUGUCACUUUGGUAACUUUUGUUUGUUUUGAGAUAACAUGUAUUAUAGUUUAAAAUCACUGAAAUCUGUAAAUAUGUGAUUGUAAAAUAAAAACUGUAAAAUAAACUACUUGGUGAUCACAAGACGUGAGUAAGCAGUGACUUGAGCACUAAAUGCUUAUCAGAAAAGCCUGGAUAAAAUAGUAUUUAAUGAUAAAAACAGU